UAGUGUAGUGCUCAAUGUAGUCCUCAACUUUCCCUUCAAUCUCUUUCCAAUUGGGCAGAUUUUCCAAAAGCAAAGGAACCAAACCUCUCUCUCUCUCUCUCUCUCCCACACCCUUCCCUGCAACUGCAACACCGAGUCAUCACUUCGGUCACACACACACUUUCCUCUCUACUCUUCAACACACCUAAAAGCCCAAAACACUAUCACCUAAUUUUAGUAACCCCAUCAACUCAAAACUCACAAAAGACCCAAUGUUAUUGAAACUCCGAUGACACCCCUCAAUUAACUCUCUCACAUUCAACCGUGUGAGAGAGGGCAUAACUUGAACCAUCCCAAUGGAGAUUCAACAAAGCUUGAAGCUCACAAUCCACAAGAAAUGGCCAUCAUCACCCAAAAAACCACCAAAAGAAUCAGAACCAAUAACCCCCACCCCCAACACACCAAAGCUGAAAUGGAAGAAAAUCUUCUUCCAAACCAAAACCAAAACCCAAAUACAAACCCCACCAGAAGAAUUCCUCUGUCCUAUUUCGCGUUCCCUCAUGUUCGACCCCGUCAUCGUCUCCUCCGGCCACUCCUACGAACGCUCCUCCGUCGAAGCCUGCAAAAAUGUCAAUUUUACCCCUCAACUCCCCGACGGCACCACCCCCGAUUUCUCCACCCUCAUCCCCAACCUCGCCCUCAAAUCAGCCAUCCUCAAAUGGUGCCAAUCCACCCACACACCUCCUCCUCACCCCAACAACAACCCCGUACAAACCUUAAUCUCCUCCAACCCUAACCUCGUACACACCAUAAACCCCUCGAACACAAACCUCGUACACACAAACCCAAACCCCUCCCCAGAGAAAAUCUCCGACCAAGAUUUGAUUCUGAACUCCCUGAGCGAAAACCCACCACACCCCGACAACAACAACCACCUCGUACAAACCUUAAUCUCCUCCAACGCAAACCUCGUACACCCAGAGAAAAUCUCCGACAAAGAUUUGAUUUUGAAUUCUCUGAACGAAAACCCACCAGUGAAGAACCUCUGCCACCACGCGGAAACCGAGGUUCCCAUAAGGCCGACACACUUGUACACGAGCUCCGAGGAAUCCAUAGCGACAACCUCGGCCUCAACGCCGCCGCUUCAGUUCUCCACGCGCCCGAGCUGCUGCUACUACUCUUCACCUUCGUCUUCAGAACUCGAACCCGCGACAAUCCCAGAAGAAGAAGAGAUCAUGACAAAGCUCAAAAACCCUCAACUCAAUGCAAUCGAAGAAGCGCUUAUCUCUCUCAGAAAACUAACGAGAAUAAGAGAAGAAACAAGGCUUCAACUUUGCACCCCUCGGUUACUCUCCGCGUUACGCUCACUCGUUUUGUCGAAGCACGUGAACGUUCAGGUGAACGCUCUGGCAUCGGUGGUGAACCUCUCGUUGGAGAAGAGUAAUAAAGUGAAGAUCGUGCGGUCGGGGAUGGUUCCGCCGUUGAUCGAGGUUUUGAAGUUUGGAUCCUCUGAGGCGCAGGAGCACGGUGCGGGCGCGUUGUUUAGUUUGGCAUUGGAUGAUGAUAACAAAACCGCGAUUGGGGUUUUGGGGGGUUUGGCACCGUUGCUUCACAUGCUCCGAUCCGAGAGCGAGCGGACUCGGCAUGACUCGGCAUUGGCGCUUUACCAUUUGUCUUUGGUCCAGAGUAACCGAUCCAAGAUGGUUAAACUCGGUUCGGUUCCGGUUCUAUUGAAUAUGGUUAAGUCGGGUCACAUGACGGGUCGGGUUUUGUUGAUUUUGGGGAACUUGGGUUCCGGGUCGGACGGGAGGGCCACGAUGCUUGAUGCGGGCAUGGUGGAGUGUUUGGUGGGGUUGCUCAGUGGGGCCGAGUCAAGGAGCGGGUCGACUCGAGAGAGUUGCGUGUCGGUGAUGUACGCGCUGAGCCACGGCGGGUUGAGGUUUAAGGCAGUGGCGAAGGUGGCUGGGGUGAUGGAGGUGAUGCAAAAGGUGGAGAAGGUGGGGACUGAGAGAGCUAGGAAUAAGGUGAGGAAGAUAUUGGAGAUUAUGAGGGCCAAGGAAGUGGAGGAAGAGGAUCAUGUGGAUUGGGAGGAGUUGCUCGACUCGGGAUUGCCUUGCCGGACUAGGACUAGACUCGGUGCUGGGUUGGACGACUCAACUCCUAACUCGGCCCAGUUUUGAGUACAGUUGAAUAUUUUGUUAAAAUGUAAAUGUUUGGUUUUUUAAGAUUAGGUUGUUAAUUAAGGUUCUUUUGGUUCACAGGCUGCUUUUGGAUUCUUCUUCUAAAAAAAAAAAUUCCAUUGUUUUUAUCAUUUUUGAAGUUGGAUGAAGAAUUGGUAAAUGUGAGUAUUUUCUUUUUAAUUUGAUUUAUAUGUAUUAUCAGUGUAAAUUGUUUUACUUAAUUAUAAUUUUGAUUUUCUUAGUUUUA